CGCCAUAAUUGUUGAUAGUUGAUCGGCAGGAUUUACGGAGUUAAGACGUGUUGUCAGCUUCGAUUUAAAAUGUCUCGAACUUUGAAACUCAACAACGGCAGGGAAAUUCCAAUUGUUGGUUUGGGUACCUACAAAUCUCCCCCUGGAGAAGUAGAAAGAGCUGUAAAAGACGCUAUCGACGCCGGCUACAGACACUUCGAUUGCGCUUGGUUUUACGGCAACGAAGCUGAAGUGGGUAAUGGAAUCAAAGCGAAAAUCGACGAAGGUGUUGUAAAAAGAGAAGACCUAUUCAUCACCAGCAAGCUGUGGAACAACUUUCACGAGAAAAAAUGCGUCAUGCCAAAAAUCAAGGAAACUUUAAGCGCUCUCAAAUUGGACUAUGUAGACUUGUAUUUGAUCCACUGGCCGUUCGGCUUCAAAGAAACCGCCUCCUUGUGGCCGGUGGGUGAAGGUGAAGCCGCCCUCAGUGAUGUCGACUAUUUGGAAACGUGGUCUGCAAUGGAGGAAUGCCAGAAAGCGGGCUAUGCCAAAAGCAUCGGCGUCUCUAACUUCAACGCCGAACAAAUUGAACGUAUCUUGAAGAAUUGUACCAUCAAACCGGCGGUUAAUCAAGUCGAAGUAAAUCCGAAUCUCAAUCAGAAGAAACUGAUCGAGUUCUGUAAGAAGCACGAUAUUGUCGUUACUGGAUAUUGUCCUUUGGGUAGGAGUGAACACGCUGGCACUCCCGGAUUCCCUGAUCCCACUAUUUUUGAUCCCAAAGUUGCGGAAAUUGGCAAGAAGUACAACAAAACGCCUGCUCAAGUCGUCUUGAAUUAUUUGAUUACUUUGGGUAUUACGGUUGUCCCUAAAUCUGUAACGAAAUCAAGGAUUAUCGAGAACAUUAAUGUAUUUGAUUUCACUUUGUCGCCUGAGGAUAUUGCGUACUUGGACUCUUGCAACAAGAACCAGAGAGUUUGCCCCCUUAACGAGUUCAAGAAUCAUAAAUAUUACAGUUUCAACACCGAAUUUUAAAAUACUCUUAAAUAUGUGAAUUAUUUUUCAGAAAAAUAUAUGAUUUGUAUAUUUUAAUACACUUUGCAAUUGAAUCUGAAUAAU